AUGCUGGCCGAUCCUCUUUGGGGAUUGUUCGCUGCCAUGUUGCUAUGCCUUUUGGGCCUGGUCACUGCCGAGGAGUGCAAGUUUGAUCUCUUGACUAAAACUAACUUAUGGGAUCCUAAGAACAACACCUCACGUUCUGUAAAUGAAAAGACGAUGGUCGAAUGUGGUGGCCACAUCAAGCAAUGCGAAAUCAUGGAAGAUAUCAAAAUCGUUCGGUCACCAGUCAGCACCUUAUAUGUUACCCAGAACUUCACAACCACAACAGAGAAGGUAUAUUCCUUUUUAGGUGAUAUAUCUAGUAUUGGGGGCUGA